AUGCCCCAGAGGCCGCUUGUAUGGCUCAUCACAGGCUGCUCUUCGGGUUUUGGUCUUACCCUUGCCCGCGCAGUCCAGUCACACGGGCACAUCCUGAUCGCAACUUCGCGAAACCCUUCCCGCACCCCUGACCUCGUCGCUGAGGUCGAGACCAAAGGAGGGAAGUGGCUCAAGAUGGACGUGGACGACGUUAACUGCGCGCAGAUUAUUGAGGACCUCGAGGCGUCAGGCAAUCGAGUCGACGUCCUGGUCAACAAUGCAGGGUUUUCUAUUCACGCCUGCGUUGAGCAAUUCACGGAAGAGGAAGUACGACGCCAGAUGGAGUCGCUGUAUUUUGGCCCUUUCAGAUUGAUUAGGGCGGCGGUACCACAUAUGCGCAAGCAAAGAUUCGGCAUCGUGGUGAAUAUGAGCAGUGGGGCGGGUCUAGAAGGGAGGGAGAGUAUGGGUGCUUAUGCCCCAGCCAAGGCCGCGCUCGAUGGCAUGUCCAAGGUUCUGGCAAAGGAAGUAGCCCCGUUUAACGUCCGUGUCUUGAUUGUCUCGCUCGGGGGCUUUAACACCAACAUGGUCAACUCCAUCACCGUCGGCAAGAAUCCUAUGCCAGAAGACUACAAAGGAUCUGUUGCUGAUCAGACCAUCCACUAUAUGGCCAGCGGGAAAUUCGACCCUGACGGUGAUAAGGAGAAGGCCAUUAAGGCACUCUACGAGGUCGUGAUGGGUGAGGGGGUCGGAGCUGGACACGAAGGCGAGAGAUUCCUGCCUCUAGGCAGGGACCUGGCUGCGAGAGUCAAGCAAUUGCAAGAUCAGUACGCUCAUAGCAUGGAGGUCUUCGGAGACAUCUGUAACAACGUGUACAGAGAUAGGUGA